AUGGCCAGUCUCCGACAUUCCCACCCACUUACCCUGGCAGCUGCCACACGGCGUUGCCCUCAGCAGAAAUGCAGUGUUCGCAGGUUUUCUGCCGCGGUAUUUCCUGCUGCCUUCCAAGGCGAGCCCUCUGAGCCUAGAGUUGUCACUGCCUCGGUGCCUGGACCUAAGGUGAAGGAAGGACUUGCGAAGCUGGAGCAAGUCUUUGACACUCGCAGCGCAAACACACUUGUCGACUAUGAGAAGUCCAUUGGAAACUAUCUGGUGGAUGCCGAUGGCAACCAGUUUCUAGACGUUUUCGCACAGAUCGCUUCAAUUCCUCUCGGCUACAACAACCCAGAACUCAACAAGGCGUCAACCAGCCCAGCAAUGAUCCGAGCAAUCGCCAGUAGACCUGCACUUGGAAGCUUUCCUUCAACGGACUAUGCAGAACUGCUGAAGACCGGCAUUCUGAAAGCGGGCCCCAAAGGUCUCAACCAGGUCUUUACUGCAACAACCGGCUCCGAUGCGAACGAGACAGCGUACAAGGCGGCCUGCAUCUGGAAAGGAACACAAGAGCGUGGUGGGGCCGACUUCAGUGCCGCUGAGCUGGAGUCCGUCAUGGUGAACCAAGCACCUGGCGCCAAGAAGUACUCCAUCAUGUCGUUCCAAAAGGGCUUUCACGGUCGCCUGUUUGGUAGCUUAUCAACGACGCGAAGCAAGCCCAUCCACAAGCUUGACGUACCAGCAUUCGAUUGGCCCGUUGCGCCUUUCCCUCAGUUGAAGUAUCCUUUGGACCAGUUUGCUGCAGAGAAUGCGGCUGAAGAGAAGAGAUGCCUCGAAGAAACAGAGCGUUUGCUGGAGGAGGCCAAGCAGACAGUUGCGGCAGUGGUCGUUGAGCCUGUUCAAUCAGAGGGCGGCGAUAACCAUGCUUCGCCAGCUUUCUUCCAGGGUCUCAGGGAGCUUACGAAGCGCAAGGGCGUCUUGCUGAUUGUUGAUGAGGUGCAGACUGGUGUCGGAGCGACUGGAAAAUUCUGGGCUCAUGAGCACUGGAACUUGUCUUCGCCGCCGGAUAUGGUGACCUUCUCCAAGAAGGCCCAGGCUGCAGGCUUCUACUUUGGUGAUGCUGGCUUGCGGCCGGAUAAGCCCUACCGUCAAUUCAACACUUGGAUGGGCGACCCUGUCCGAGCGCUGUUGUUCAAAGCUAUCUACGGAGAAAUCCAGAAGAAUGGCCUGGUUGAGCAUACUGCAAAGGUUGGAGGAUAUCUGUUUGGCGAAUUGGAGAAGCUGGCGAGCAAAUACCCGCAACACGUCCAGAACCUCCGUGGCAGAGACCGUGGCACCUUCAUUGCUUGGGAUGCGCCCAGGAGAGAAGAAGUGCUGGCGCUCGCCAAGGCUAGAGGUGUUAACAUGGGCGGCAGCGGUGACGCCGCCAUUCGCUUAAGGCCAAUGCUGGUGUUCCAGAAGAACCACGCUGAUAUUUUCCUUGAAGUGUUGGAGAGUGUGUGCAAGCGGCUAUCGUAG